AUGCCCUUAAAGUUUAAAUCAGGAUCUAAGGAUAAUACUCCAACAUGUCAGUUAUCAGUAGUUGAUUAUGGAUACUCGUUAUUUCUAUUUAUUAUGGCAAUGAUCCAAGUAAUAUCUGCUCCAUUCGUAGUGCUUCACACAAUCAUGCCAUACGUAUACAAAGAUUCACCAUUUAUAAUGAAACAUACAAAAUUAUUAAAACCAAAUGAUUGGGAUGAAGAAAACAACUUUGUGAUCGUUGGUGUUCCCAUCAGCGUGAUUUAUAUUUACAGCAUAUUAGCUACCCAUACAAUUUUAGGAAUUAUUUGGUGUGUAAUUUUAACAUUUAAUAAUCUAGCCAAUUUUUUUGGAGACAUACAGUUUAUCCAAUGUGCUUGCAUACUUCAUAGCCGAUUUGAGGCUAUCAACGAGCAACUCAGUGCAAUUGCAUCUAACUGGAAUUUUAAAAACGAAGCUUUGUUUAAAAAAAAAACAUGUAGAGCUUUUUUGUCAGAACUUUCUUAUGGACACAAAUUAAGCGAUUCAAUUGAAAUGUAUAGGUACUGUUAUGGACAAUUCUGUGAUAUGAUUGACUUAAUAAAUUCAAUAUAUCAAAUCCAUUUAUUGGGUACAAUUUCGUCUUGUUUUUUAAAAAUUUUAUUUAAUAUUUAUUUUGCAAUAUUUGGAUACGUAACCAGAGUUAAUAACAGCCCAAAUAAACGAGAUAAACUUAUCGGAUCUAUACUUUGGUGUAUAUAUUACAGUUUGAGAUUUCUUACAAUAGUAUGGGUUUCUGAUACCACAACAAAACAAGCAGUUGCAACAAAAACUUUAAUAACUGACAUAAACAAUCGCUACUUAGAUAGAAGUACAAAAGAGGAGUUGCGUCUUUUUUUAAGUCAAAUAACUAGCCGUGCAAUUGAAUUUACUGCUUAUGAUUUUUUUUCGCUUAAUACUCACCUGAUAACAUCAGCUAUAGCUGCAGGAACAACAUACCUUGUAAUACUGAUUCAAAUUCAUUCCGUGAAAUAUUAACACAAAAUGGAAU